AUGUCCAACUUUGGGAACUUUAUGAAAAAUGGCUGGCACCCUGAGAAGGCGGGCACUACCUUCAAGGGCCAAGUGAACGGGCUGUUGGGCAGAAACAAGGACGACGACAAGGAGGACCGUGUCGCCCCGCCGCUUUCAUCUUUGAAGGAUCCCUCGACCUUUGCACCACCGCCCAAGCGCGUCCCUGGUGCACCGCCUCCGCGCUCGAACGCAGCAUCGCCAUCACCCGGAGCCCCACCGCCGCCUUACGAAGAUCCGAGUCGGCAGCAGCAGCAGCAGCAGGAAGAAGAGGAAGAGGCGCCUCCUCGCCCAUACCGCGUAAAUACAACGGGCCUCUCAACGUCCCAUCUACCGCCGCCGCCCGGAAGGAAGGAUGGCGCCGACGGUAGAACGCCGUCUCCUGGCCAAGCCGCCGCACGGCCACCGCCCCCGAGUCUUCCCCCCCGACUCCCGCCCAGGACGCCGUCCGCAACGUCCGUCACAUCUCCUGCGCCGCCCGCGCCAGCAGCAUCCGGCGGCUAUCUGAACCAGAAUGCGAUGAACAGGCUGGGAGCGGCGGGCGUCUCGGUGCCGGCUCUGGGAAUCGGAAAGCCCGCGCCGGAACCCCCGACCCGCUCGAACGCCGGCAGCCCAGCGCCACCACCGCCGCGCAACGGUGCCUUCUCACCGCCGAGCGGACAGAUGGGCGAGCUGCAGAACCGGUUCGCAAAACUGGGCAGGUCUACGGGCCAGUCGUCGAGCCCGCCACCACCCCCGGCCGAGGGCACGACGAUGGAGCAGAAGCAGGCCGCCCUCCGCACGGCGUCCAACUUCCACAAGAACCCGUCCACGGUGUCCAUGGCCGACGCCCGCUCCGCCGCGUCGACGUUCAACAACUUUCGCCAGCGGCACGGGGAACAGGUGGCUUCCGGGGUCAAGAGUGCGAACAACCUGAACCAGAAAUACGGCAUCUCCGACAAGAUCGGACAUUACGCCGGACGGGUCGGCCAGCAGCAGGAGGGAACGACGGGCAACGCUGGCGCGGUCCCGAGCCCGCUGUCGCCUCCGCCCGGGCUGGUCAGCGCCAUCGGCAAGAAGAAGCCGCCCCCUCCCCCGCCAAAGAAGAAGCCCCAGCUGAGCAGCGCACCCGCUGCACCACCCGGGCAGAGCGACGACGACGAGCCCCCUCCGAUCCCCUUGGCAACCAAGCCAACGUUUUGA